ACUCCUGGAAGCUCACGCAGCCAGGCAGAAGAUCGAAAUGGCGGCGCCAGCAGAGAGGAUGGAGGUUUCUCAGGGGGAGAGCUCAGCCAAGCCUGCAGCUGAGGAUAUGACGUCAAAGGACUACUACUUUGACUCAUACGCCCACUUCGGCAUCCACGAGGAGAUGCUGAAAGACGAGGUUCGCACUCUGACAUACCGCAACUCCAUGUUCCACAACAAGCACCUGUUUAAGGACAAGGUGGUGCUGGACGUGGGCAGUGGGACGGGUAUCCUCUGCAUGUUCGCAGCCAAAGCCGGGGCCAAGAAGGUUAUAGGGAUCGAGUGCAGCAGCAUCUCAGACUACGCUGUGAAGAUCGUCAAGGCCAACAAGCUGGAUGACGUGGUGACCAUUAUCAAGGGGAAGGUGGAGGAGGUGGAGCUGCCUGUGGAAGGAGUAGACAUCAUCAUAUCAGAGUGGAUGGGUUACUGCCUCUUCUAUGAGUCCAUGCUCAACACAGUCAUUUAUGCCAGGGAUAAAUGGCUGAAACCAGAUGGACUCAUCUUCCCAGACAGGGCGACGCUCUAUGUCACUGCCAUCGAGGACAGGCAGUACAAGGACUACAAAAUCCACUGGUGGGAGAACGUGUAUGGGUUUGACAUGUCGUGCAUCAAGGAGGUGGCAAUAAAGGAGCCCCUGGUUGAUGUGGUGGACCCGAAGCAGCUGGUCAGCAGCGCCUGUCUCAUCAAGGAGGUGGAUAUCUACACAGUGAAGGCGGAGGACCUGACCUUCACCUCCCCGUUCUGCCUGCAGGUGAAGAGGAACGACUACAUCCACGCUCUGGUCACCUACUUCAACAUCGAGUUCACCCGCUGUCACAAGAGGACCGGCUUCUCCACCAGCCCAGAGUCUCCCUACACCCACUGGAAGCAGACUGUGUUCUACCUGGAUGAUUACCUGACUGUGAAGACUGGAGAGGAGAUCUUCGGCACCAUCAGCAUGAAGCCAAACGUCAAGAACAAUAGGGACCUGGACUUCACCGUAGACAUCGACUUCAAGGGUCAGCUGUGUGAGAUGUCGAAGACGUCAGAGUACAGGAUGCGUUAGUGUCUCCUCCUUGUUAGUGUGUCUGUAGUAGAGGACAGGUGACGUGUGACUGGGAGUCUGUUCUAUAGUUUGACGCUCCCCUGCAGCAACAUUUUAAAGACUGUCGUUUUUUUUGUUUCCUUUCAUGUUCUUGUAUCAACAGUAACAGUAUUUAAAAGUUUUCACAUUCUUGGGGUCAAAGUGUGUUGCCGUGGUGAUUUCAUUGUGCAGUAGUCACUCAACAAAAUGUAUGUUUGACAUGUGCCUGGUGUUUGUGUCCAACAUCUUCCUGGGUUUUUCUUCUGUCCUUCUGCAUGUGUGAGAUCCAUCCAGAUAUGAGCUCACGGCCCCCACUCACAUGUCUGUGUGUGUGUGGUGUUACUGUCCAUUCACUUUGGCCCUUAGUGUGGUCCCUACGGGGCCCAGCCACCAGUCUGCCUCCUCCUCGUGUUAAUACAAACUGUAUGUAAGUGACAGAAGCUGUCGCCAGACACCUUCAGCCCUGUUCAGACCAAAAAUAGCCAUGUAUUAAAGUGAUGAUACAGAGGGUCUGUGUCGGUGUGAAUGUGGUGCUCCAGGAUCCAGAGUACAGACCAGGAAGUUAGUCCUGAUAUAGAGUUAGUACACACAGCCUUGUCUGACCCCAGUAGUGUGUUUACUAACAUUUAAUCAGCACAGUAUUGCUGAAGAACAAGACUGUGUUAACUGGCUCUAACCCAAACUAAUAAGAAAAAAAAAAAA